AAGCUUUUAAUUCAACCAGCAAACACAUGGGAAGCGAGUAGAACGAAAUUUUCCACAUGCUAAUACAUAAAUAUUAUUGUUUUGAUUUAUUUUAAGUUUUAAAAUUGUUUGAGUUAAAAUGCUUUACGAAAGUUGGCCUUCUAUGUUCAUUGAAGUAGUUUUGGUUUUCAUCCUGAGGAUAGGAUUUGUGUUGGUGCAUAUUGGAUGCGUGCCUUCUUCCAGUGUUAAUCUUCUUGUGAUGCAGCAUUUGAUUAAUAUGGCCGUAUCUACACUGGUCUUCUUUGUCAUUGGAUUUCCCAUCGCUGUUGGUAACGAUAAUCUAGUGGUUGAGGUAUCAAAAGUUAUGCAAGGAUCGAUCAAUGUGGAUGACCUUAUUUUCAACUGGAAAAUCAUAGUUGUAUCAGAUGCAAUUAUAUCUACAACAAUAUGUGGCAAGGCACAUAUGGCAGGGGGAGUUUUAAUGUCAAUGCUGGUUUCCGGUUGCAUUCAACCAACAAUUAUGUACUUCCUUUGGAGGAAGAUACGGUUUUUCAAUGCUGGAGGAGAUAACUUAAUAUUUUACUCUUAUGGACACACAGUUGUAAUGCAUGUCUUUCCAGGUGCAUUUUGUUUGGGCUGUAUACUAUUAUAUGGUAAAAGAGUAAUCAGGAUAUCUGAUAUAGAUUUAUGUUCAAUUUCCUUUAAUUCGCAUUCAACAACUAUAAUAGGAUAUGCUUUUAUAAUAACAUCAAUGGUAAUUGAACCUACAUUAAUAGCAAAGAAAAAUGUAACAACUAUUUUUGUAAACAAUAUUUUGGCGGUAACAAUUGGAGUGAUGACAACUUCAAUUUUAAACUCUGUGUUCAGACAGAACUCAAACUUCUUCAAUUACUGGCAAGUUGUAUGCACUUUUCAAGGAGCUCUUUCAAGUUUGGUAAUAAUAAGUGCCGGAUUAGACAUGAUGAAGCCGUAUCAGACGUUGAUGAUAGCCCCAGUAGGGCCAUUGCUACACUUCAUAUAUUCCAAACUGAUAUUUUGCACAAUUUUCGAAGAUUAUUGUAAAAUUGUAGGCAUACACGGCAUCUGCGCGGCCAUCGGAGCUUACUUAUCCUGUAUUCAGUUUGAGCCGAAACUUCAAGAAGAUUCGACAUUGGACCGUCUCAUGCGAAGAAGCAUCAUCACGACCAUAAUAUUCUUUUGUGGUUUUAUUAUUGCCUUAGUUAUCCAGCUAAUAUUAAAAUACACCAACCUUUUACGAAACAACACAGAGAAGUUGAUACACAUGAAAGCACCUAAAGGAAACAAAAACAAGUGUCCGUACAUACUUCCAAACAAAAACAAACAACUGAUAGAGCCACAAGUUCAUAUUCUGCACACAUUAAAAAAUCAAUUAUUCAACGAAAAGGCGAACCUUUUUUAAGGAUUCAUCAAUUCUGUGAAGAGACAUAAGGGUAAAUGUAUCCAAUAAUUUCACAGUACAAUUAUUUUAUUUU